AUGGGUGUGAUGGUGCUUGCAGCAGUGGGUCUACGGCGUGGCUCAACUCGUGGGUCUACCACGGUCUUGUACCAGCUAUCUGUUGUCUCUACAAUCCGCUCCUGUUGUUUGUUGUCUUCCUCCGUCUCAUCUACCACAACUUCCCUCUCCAUGUUUCGUCGACUCCGACGGAGAUUGACUUGCAGAGCAAUGGUCCAGCAGGCUAUACAAGGGGGAGCUCCAACUGGUUACGCCAAAGAAUUGGAGAGGCUAUCCACUAAAGAAUCCCUUCUUCUUGCUUUUAAGGAUUCUGGGGGUUUUGAGGCUUUAAUAUUUGGAAAGAUGAGUGAUUUGCAGAGAAUUGAUGUGAAUGGAAGAAUUACCGGCCUUGAGCAGCUUAAUCUGACGCCUCUUCCAAUGACGUCGCCAUUCUUGGAGGGUCGGUGGAGUUUCGAAUGGUUUGGGUCUGGAAGCCCAGGUUUAUUUGCUGCCAAAUUCAUAUUCAAGAUAUUUCCCUCAAAUUUGGCUAACUUAUCGAAAAUGGAUAUGGUGAUCAAGGAUGGAUAUGCAAGAGUUACGACAAACAUGAGAGUUUUGAACUCGAUAGAAACCAAGUUUACUUUGUCAACAAAAUUGACUGUUGAAGGAACACUUCGAAUGAGAGAGGAAUACGCAGGAGGGGUUUUUGAGACACUAAAGGUUAUUGAAGAAACGGUGCCAGAACAGCUUAAAGGUGCACUUGGUCAGGCAGUAAACACAAUACAACAACUUCCUGUACCUGUUAGGGAUGCUUUCACUGGUGGUCUGAGAGGUCCUUUGAGUGGAACUUUCCAGAGACUAUUCAUGAUCUCAUAUCUUGAUGAUGAGAUACUUGUGCACCGGUGGCUGUGGAGUUUGAUGGUACGUAUCUCUUCGAAAUCUCUCUCUCUCUCUCUCUCUCUCUCUCUUUUCUCUUCUGAUUUUGUUUUCCCUCAUAGAGAGGAAGGAUCCUAUGCCAUUUGUUCUGAUCAAUUUCAGAUGGAGUAUUUUGACCUCAUAUGGAAUGUCCAUCAAUCUAUUUGA